CCCACCACCCCGCCCGGGCGCUAGUAGUACAGAGCAGAGCACAGCAGAGGAGAUCGAGCAGAGACAGACAGACCCGCAGGCGGAAGCGGAGGCAGGGCAGGCAGGCAGCAGCAACAAUCCCCCACCUGCGCGUGUGCGUGUCUGUUUCGGUGCUUCCUCCUCCUCCUCGCCAUGGCGCUCCUCCUCCUCCGACGCGGCGGCGGCUUCGCUGCGGCCACGGUCCUCGCGGUCGUCGUCGUCGCGCUCGUCCUCUCCUGCGGUGGUGGCGCGGAGGCGGCCGUGAGGGACCUCAGGGUCGGGUACUACGCCGAGACGUGCCCCGACGCCGAGGCCGUCGUCCGCGACACCAUGGCCCGGGCACGCGCGCACGAGGCCCGCAGCGUCGCGUCCGUCAUGCGCCUCCAGUUCCACGACUGCUUCGUCAACGGGUGCGACGGGUCGGUGCUGAUGGACGCAACGCCGACGAUGGCGGGGGAGAAGGAGGCGCUCUCCAACAUCAACUCGCUCCGCUCCUUCGACGUCGUCGACGAGAUCAAGGAGGCGCUGGAGGAGCGCUGCCCUGGCGUCGUCUCCUGCGCCGACAUCAUCGUCAUGGCCGCCCGCGACGCCGUCGCCCUGACAGGUGGGCCCUUCUGGGACGUGAGGCUUGGGCGCGAGGACAGCCUGACGGCGAGCCAGGAGGACUCGGACAACAUCAUGCCGAGCCCACGCGCCAACGCCACCACCCUCAUCAAGCUCUUCGCCGGCUACAACCUCACCGUCACCGACCUCGUCGCGCUCUCCGGCUCGCACUCCAUCGGCGAGGCCCGCUGCUUCUCCAUCGUCUUCCGCCUCUACAACCAGUCCGGCUCCGGCAGGCCCGACCCCAACAUGGACCCCGCCUACCGCGCGGGGCUCGACUCGCUCUGCCCCCGCGGCGGCGACGAGAACGUCACCGGAGGCAUGGACGCCACCCCGCUCGUCUUCGACAACCAGUACUUCAAGGACCUCGUCCGCCUCCGCGGCUUCCUCAACUCCGACCAGACGCUCUUCUCCGACAACGCCGGGACCCGGCUCGCCGUGAGGAAAUUCGGCGAGGACCAGGGCGCCUUCUUCAGGGCCUUCGUCGAAGGGAUGAUCAAGAUGGGGGAGCUGCAGAACCCCAGGAAGGGAGAGAUACGACGCAACUGCCGUGUCGCCAAUGCCCCGGCGCCGCCGCCUGUGGAGGCGGAGGUGGCGGCGACGUCCAAGGCGGUGGUCCUGGUGGACUUCUGACGAACGAGCUGCUAGUCCCCUGACUCCCCAGCUGUUGGUGUUCGAGAGGAGCUGCUCAGAUAUGAGAGUGUUGUGGCUAUUCAUAUAUGAGUUUUUGGUCCGAUGGCAGGUUUGCACCUACCUGUAAGCUUGUGAUUUCAGGGUUACCCGCUUAUUGCCGAUUAUUGAAUGGUGAUAAAUAACUGAGAAAUCGAGCUAAUGAUCAUUGCCUGAUGUGGUUUGGUCU